AAUACCACCUCUAGGGCAAAUACUUCCUCACACCAAUAUCAACAUUCUCUUACCUUCCUCCACAUUUCAGUUUUCUCACUUCAGCAGUACAGCUCCUAUUAAUUAUCAUCAUGGGUGUGUUCACUUAUGAAACCGAGUUCACCUCUGUCAUCCCACCACCAAGACUCUACAAGGCCUUUGUUCUUGACGCUGAUAACCUCAUCCCCAAGAUUGCCCCACAGGCUGUGAAGAGUACUGAAAUCGUUCAAGGUGAUGGAGGUGUUGGAACCAUCAAGAAGAUUCACCUCGGUGAAGGAAGUGAAUACAGCUACGUGAAGCAUCAGAUUGAUGGACUUGACAAAGACAACUUUGUUUACAACUAUAGCAUAGUUGAAGGUGAUGCUAUCGGGGACAAGGUUGAGAAAAUCUCUUAUGAGAUCAAGUUGGUGGCAUCUCCAAGUGGUGGCUCCAUCAUCAAGAGCACCAGCCACUACCACUGCAAAGGUGAGGUUGAGAUCAAGGAAGAGCAUGUCAAGGCUGGAAAAGAAAGAGCCGCUGGUUUGUUCAAGCUCAUUGAGAACCACCUUUUGGCCCAUACCGAGGAAUACAACUAAAUCAAACUAUGCAUGAUAAUGCUACUGCAUUAUAUACAUUUUGUUGUUGUGUCGUGUUCUUUGUAUGAUUUCGUGUGGCUUUUGAUUAUCAUUUCCUUGUCUAUCAUACCAAGCCAGAUACUGUUUGGCUUGCACUAGGAGUGACAACAAAUCGUAGUGUUAUCACACUUCAUUUGAAUAAGGAAAAUAAAACCUUUGUUCCUCUUC